UCCUCACGACGCUUUAGCACUUAGAUUCUUUGUGGUCGACGAAGGCUAGUAUGAUGGUAUUUGCAAGCAAAACAGAGUUAAAAUGACGGAAAACUUCACCCAAGUAACCUUAUGUGAAUGAUCAGGAAUUAGUACAAUCAUAAUGGCAGUUCCACUAAACGAAAUUCUACAGAAGAAGGGCUCACUUCACAGAACUCCACCACCAAGAGCUCCAAGCAACAAGCCACCCCCAGCCACAAGAAACAACCCAAUUCCAAACAACAAUACUGAAGUUAACAUUGCCCAGCUCAUCCCUGGUGUAAAACUUAGAAAGACUGGCAUGCGAGACAGCUUGAUUGCAGAGGAUGUUGAUAACAAACACACUGCUGAUACUGAUGAGCCAGAGAAUGAGCUUCAAAGUAUUAUAGCUAAAAGAAGAGCAAUGUUUGAUCACAAAGAGGAGGCAGAGGUGGUGAAACCAAAAAAGCCACCUAAGCCUAGACCAAAGCCAUCUGUAGACAAUCAUAAACCAGGCAAGGAAAAUCUACAGACCAAACAACGAUCAGGCUCAACUUGCAGUGAUAGCAGUGGUGAAAACAAAGAUAUAAUUUUAACUAACAAAAACAGAAAUGUUGUUUGUAGGGAUUCCAGAGGAGACCCAAAACUAUGCAAUCUGCCUACAAUGGAAAGUCUUGGGAAAGCUCCCGCUAAGCCUUCAAAACCAGAUAGUUUAGUAAAGUUGUUGGAGAAGUAUGAGAGCAAGAGUGUCAUUAUGGCACCACGACGAAGCGUACUGCAGAGCAGCAGCAACACCAGUAUGGGUGAUGCUAUUGUUGAAGAUAAUGAUGACGGAGAAAUGUACGAUGAUGUUGAUGAAAUUAAAAAUCAGAUUCUGGGAGGACAAGAAGAUGAACAAGGCAAACAGGAAGCAAAUGGAAUUUUUGAAGAAAACUAUGAUGAUGUUGGUGGAAUGGAGGAGAAUACAGGAAGUAACACUCAAGGGCAGAAUCCUGAGCCAAUUUGUGAUGAAAACUAUGAUGAUUUAGAUACUGUGAAGGAACAGGCUCUUCAAAUACAAAAUGAUUUUGUAGGUGGUCAUCAGUCUUUUAUAGGUGGAGAGGAAUUGUAUGAUGUACUGGCAGCUGAAGAAGAGAAUAGGGAUGGAAAGAAUCAUGGAGGGCAUGACACCCAGAUUGAAAAUAACAAUACUCCACCUCCAUUACCUUCAAGUAGUUUACCACGCAAAGAAAAAGCAAAGAAAGAUCUUAAAAAGGAAAUGGAAAACCAGAAAAAGAAGGAAAAAGAAGAACUUAAAAAGAAGAAAGAAGAUGAAAAAAGAAGAGAACGGGAAGAAAAAGAGGAGAAAAAAAGGAAAGAAGAAGAGAAGAAGAAAAGGGAACGAGUUGACAAGGAGCUCUGCAGGAAACACAAAAUCAAACCAGGAAAUGAAAAUACUGGGAUAGGAGAGGCCAAGAGCAAUUUUGCUGGUGAUGGAAAGUUUGAACUGCCAGUAAAAGAAAGAGAUCCCUUGGUUGUUGUCAGUGAAAAAAAUUGCCCCCAAGGAAAAUGGCUGGUCCAAAAUACUGCAGGACAUUAUGGGUACAUUCCUACAGAGCUGAUUCAACUCAAAAUUGACAGCGAUGGAAAUAGGAUGAGUGCUAUCAUAACUGAGGAUUUUUAUGAAGAUGUAGAUCAGUAUCAAAAAGGUGGACAGAUCAUAGAAGAAGAAGAUGACCAAGAGGUGUAUGAUGAUAUAGGGGGACAAGAUCCAAUUGAUGAAGAAUUGUAUGAAGAACUUCCUGCUGAUCAGUAAUAAUAUUGCCAUAUUUGGGUUUUUAAGUUUACCAUGUAUCCACAAUUCUUUAGAUAACCAUCAUGUGUACAUUAAUUUUCUAAUUUUUAAUGAAAGGAUGUCUUUGAUAUCAGAUGUGAUUUCUACGGCUAUUUUAAUGAAUUUAAUAUUUACAGAAAAAAAAUUGUAACAUUUUUAACCACUCUUAUUACCGUCAUAACUGGGUUUUUUUUAGACCGUCACAUUUAAAAGCAGACUUUGUGGACCUGCUUCUCAAAUGAUUUGUAUAGUCACGUGUUACGUAGUUCUUCUCCUUGCAAGAAAACGUUGUGUGACAAAGCAAAAUGGCUCAAGUAUAGGAAACAGAUUUUAAGCGAUAUUACGGUAUAUUUUGUAGUAAUUAUGAUAGUAUACUGGUAAGUUACAAAGUAUUUUAGGUAAAGGGAAUGAUGAUUGAAAUGAUUCUAACAAGAAAAAAUAUGAUUUGGUGAGUUCUGUAGCAAUGUCGCUUUUAAAAAUGAUGCGUUAAAAGAGAUUUGUAUUUUUUUGCUCAAAACACAACUUGGGAAAAUAUAGUUUUUAAAUCGUGUAUGGGAAGUAAUUCUACCGGUUUUAUUCAAUAAAACUACAUAAUAUUGAA